AUGCAGCUCAUCUCUGUCCUUACCGCCCUCACUGGCUUCCAACUCGCCGCCGCCCUUCCCUCGGCCAUCAAGGGUACCCACGGUCUCGUUGCCCGCGACGGUACGCUCGGUUCCACGCUUUGUGUGGGCAUCAACCUGGACAGGGGUACAUACUGCGAGACCAUUGACAACGUGCAUGACCACUUGACGCCUGGUUACUGCGUCAAGCUUGACGACCGGCUCUGGGACCAGGUUUCUUCCAUUGCGCCCGUCGCUGGUUCCUGGUGCACCUAUUUCACGGCCGAAGGCUGCGUGGACACUACCCCCAACGGUUGCGGAAAAUUUGACGCCAACUCCCCUAUCAACGACUUGACCACUGUGUCUCCUACCAACGCCAACGCCAAGUGUGAGGGCAACAUGGACAAGAAGAUCCGCAGCUUCCUUUGCAACUACAUCUAA